CAUAUGAUCCAACUUCCUGCAGAUUGUAGGCGGUCUCAUCGUCGUAGUUUCGCUCUUAUUAUCUACUCGAGAUCCGUGUAUAACACAAUCCAUCCUGACGUCCUAUCGUCCCUGUUCUGAUAGGAUAAACGACGCUCUUUCAGUUCGAUUCAGAGCAACAGCCACAUCGUGCCGUUUCAACUGAACCCAGACGCUCUCCACUAUGGUCCUCACAGGCUGCUCUCAGUGCAUUAAGUACACGCUCUUUUUCCUCAACUUCAUGUUUUGGCUUGCUGGGGGUGUCAUUUUGGUUUUGGCUUUGUGGCUUCGCUCAGACUCUCAGAUCAGCAACCUGCUGAUGGUUCAGUUUGAAGGUAGCCAAGCACCAGGAACCUUUUACAUCAGUGUGUAUAUCCUGAUAGCUGUUGGAGCUGUGAUGAUGUUUGUUGGAUUCCUUGGUUGUUAUGGUGCUAUUCAAGAGUCUCAAUGCCUUCUUGGAACAUUUUUCACAUGUUUAGUGAUAUUGUUUGCCUGCGAGGUGGCAGCAGCAAUAUGGGGUUUCAUCAGCAGAGACACGAUCUCAGAUGAGCUCAUCAACUUUUAUGAUGCUGCCUAUAUGAAAUCUGUGGAUCCAGUAGAAACUCCCACCAGACAAGCGGCCUCAAAGGUUCUUCUGGCUUUCCAUGGCACACUUGAAUGCUGUGGUAAAGGGGAUUAUAAUGAAUUAUUCUUGGCUGUUCGGUCCACCCUCUGUCCUAAAAAGCCAGUGGAUUUGCUUGCUUCUCAGAGUUGCCAUAUGAAGCUAAGGGAUCUGUUCACUGAGAAACUCCAUGUGAUUGGUCUGGCUGCCCUUAUAAUUGCGCUAAUCAUGGUUUUUGAGAUGAUCUUCACCAUGGUUCUCUGCUGUGCAAUCCGUAAUGCCACCCCAGCACAUUAAUCGGACAAACUGACAGUUCAAGGCUUUCACCGUACAAGACAUGCUGGUGAUACAGGAGAGAACAUUCAACCAUACUUUUUUACAUACAAUUUGCUGUUUUAAAUUUUUUAUAUACGUACUUUUUUUUACAAUCACAUCUAACCUGAUCUUUUGAAAUUAAAAAGAUGCAAUUAAUAAUGUUCAUAAAUGAAUAGCCAUGUUAACCCGCAAAUUCAGUGAGGUAAAAAAUAACAUAUUUCCACUUAUUACACACAUUUUAUUUAAAAAAGAAGUAUGUCUGAAAAUACAUGAAAAUUAUAACAUGUAUGACAAUAAGCCAAUGAUUUAUUUAAAAUAAGUAAUGGUUUUUAAAAUGUAGCAGUACUAUUACUUACCAAAAGUUAAAUGGCUAUUUUCUUUAAUAUUAGCAGUUCUUAUCUGACCAUAUUUUCUAGGCAAGACAAUAUUGUUUAAAGGUGCUAAAGUGUGAUGGUCAUGUUUGUCUGCAUGUAUUUGUGUUUGCACUAGUUACUACAUAAGAUUUUAUUGACCAUUGAAAGCAGAUGCCCAAAUAAAGUCCAGCAAUUCCAAUAA